AUGGUGGACCUGCGGCGAUGUAUGUGGAGCUCCUGGGUCUCCGGGAGUAUCCUAUCAAUCAUCACGGCAGCCACUCUCGCUGAGGCCUGCUCCGCUUACCCUGCUGCCGGGUCCAUCUACUACUGGGCUUUCAGAUCCUGGGGAGGCGGCAGGCUGGGCCGCUUUGUCUCGUUCCUGGUCGCCGCUUGGACGUUGGUAGCGUGGACUUCUUUCCUGGCGACCGAUUCUUUCGGGGUUGCAAAUUAUCUGGUCUCGGAGGUGGUCGUCUUCAAUCCCAAGACCAGUUUUCCGUACGAUAACGCGGAUGUGAAGGCGCGAGCGGUGGCAUGGGCCUUCUCGCUGCUAUUCCUCGCCAUCGCGACUUCAAUGAACUUCCUCCCGCCUCGCCACUAUGCCUGGGUGUUCCGCGCCGGCUUCAUCGUCAUCGUGAUCGAUAUGCUUCUCAACUUCAUCUGGCUGCCCAUCGGAGUAUCGCGCACGUACGGCUUCCAGUCGGCGGAAUUUGUCUUCACGUCCACGUACAACGGGGGAGGCACGAGCCCCGGGCUCAAUUGGAUCUUGUCUUGGUUCCUGGUUGGCAGUUGUCUGGUUGGCGAAGACGCCUCGGGCCACGUCGCCGAGGAGACUGUCUCUGCGAAGAAAGCCGCCGCCAAAGGCGUCUUCUGGUCAACCGUUGCAUCGGCGCUCUGCGGCUUCGUCAUUAUUAUCCUCUUCCUGUUCUGCAUGCCUCCCAUCGACACAUUCUAUAACACCAGCGCACCGCAACCGUUCAUCAACAUGUAUGCGCUGGCUCUGGGGCCGCGUGCACAUGUCGUGGCCACUAUUGUCUCAAUGAUUGGAGCUAUCCUCAACACGUCAAUCUCCCUCGUUGCCGUCUCCAGACUCGUGUUCGCCAUUGCGCGAGAUUCCGUCUUCCCCUUUAGCGACGUCCUCUGCCGAGUUUCGAAAUCGAAGCAGCCGCACAACGCCGUUAUUUUCAUCGCGACGAUUGCAGCCCUUCUCCUCUGCACCCAGUUGCCCUCUCAGGUUGCCUUUGCAAGUUUGACAUCGACCUCGGCCGCUGGUUCGAUUGCUGCGUACGCGCUUGUUGGGUUUGGCCGCGCUUUCGUCUCUCACAAGACUUUCCAGCCGGGUUUUUGGGAUCUGGGAAGAUUCGGAGUCUUGAUGGCCAUUGUGACUUUUAUCUGGAACGGCUUUGCGUUCGCUGUUCUCUGCGCGCCUCAGUAUAGUGACAGCGCCAUCGACCAGGAUGCGGGCUUGCUGAACUAUGCCAUCGUCAUCAUGGCGGGCAUUACAAUCAUUGCGCUGGAAGAAUGGUGGCGGAAGUCCAAGCGUGUUUGGUUCCACAAUCUGAAGGAUCUCGACAGCAGCUCCCAAGACAUCGAAGUCCAUCCGGCGGAAAAGGGUAGCCCGACAGCUGUCUAA